GGGAGAGGGAGAGGGAGGGGUAGAAAUAGAAAUAGAAAUAGAAAUAGAAUAGAUGAAAGGGAACAAGGAAGAGUGUGCAAUAAUUGGAUCGGAGAAGGUGUUGAUGGUGGAGUGAGAAAUUGAUCUGUAGAAUUGGAAAGAGAGAGGAUGGGUCGGAAUCAGAGAGAGGAGGGGGGAGGAGGAGAGAAGCACGUGGGGUUGCUGAGAUUGGCCCAAAUCUUAACAUAUUUGGUGGUGUUUGCGGGAGGAGUGGUGAUCGGACUCACAACAAGCUCUCACAUAAAAACCCAUUUCAUAUCGCAGCCAUAUGAGUACAUAUCGGUCAGCAAUGUUGGCAAUAGCAAGUGCACCCCGGCAACGGCAACGGCACCCGCACCGGCACCUCCUCCUCCCCCUCUGGACAUGAGCGCCUUCCUUCAUCCCCUGAACCUGACGCACACCCUCUCCGACGAGGAGCUCUUCUGGAGGGCUUCCUUGAUGCCGAAGAAACAGGGCUACCCCUUCAGGAGAACCCCCAAGGUGGCCUUCAUGUUUCUCACCCGGGGUCCCCUUCCCCUGUUGCCCCUCUGGGAGAGAUUCUUCCACGGUCACUCUCACCUCUUCAACAUUUACAUCCAUGCCCCUCCCCGUUACCAUCUCAACGUUUCCCCUUCUUCCCCUUUCUACGCUCGCCACAUCCCUAGUCAGGAUGUCUCAUGGGGGACAGUUACACUCGCAGAUGCUGAGAGGCGCCUUUUAGCCAAUGCAUUGCUCGACUUUUCAAAUGAGCGCUUUGUUCUCCUUUCAGAGAGCUGCAUCCCUGUCUACAACUUCCCUACUGUUUACAGAUAUCUCACUGAUUCUGCCCACAGCUUUGUUGAAUCGUACGAUGACCCUACCCGUUAUGGCCGUGGCCGCUACAGCCGCAAUAUGCUUCCUCAUAUUCAACUUAAACACUGGCGUAAGGGCUCUCAGUGGUUUGAACUAAACCGUGCUCUGGCUGUUUAUAUAAUCUCUGACACCCACUAUUAUUCCCUCUUCCGUAAAUAUUGUAAGCCUGCUUGCUACCCAGAUGAACAUUACAUUCCAACCUUCCUCAACAUGUUUCAUGGUUCGCUUAAUUCAAACAGAACAGUCACAUGGGUUGACUGGUCAAUGCUCGGUCCUCAUCCAGCAACCUAUGGGAGAGACAAUAUAACUGUGGAUUUUAUACAGGCUAUAAGGAACAAUGUAUCCCUUUGUCGAUAUAAUUCAGAGAUGACGUCCAUUUGUUUCCUCUUUGCUCGCAAGUUUCAUCCGAGUGCACUCGAGCCCUUGCUUAACCUUUCUUCACAAGUCAUGAACUAUUGAACUAUUUUUUAGUGUACAAGAGACCAGCUACUUAACUUAUUUUUUGGCUCUCUAGAUUUUGCUAGUACAAAUUCAUUUUGCAUUGUAAUAGCUGUACAGGUGUUGUUAGAAAAUUUUGUGUUCUCUGCUAGAGAAUAGCAUAUUGUUGCAAAAACUGCAUUUUAUUCCUUCGAAGAAGAAGGAAUCCAUCAAUACAGAAACUUUGUCUA